AUGUCAGUAUGGCAAAAAUGGAAGCUCUCCACUGCAGCCGAUGGCAAGUUUGGUCUUCGACCCUUUCUUAUUCGUUUUGUUAAUGUCUGGCCCCUGAGAUGUGACACCACGUGGUUGGGGAAGCCACCAGUGAAAACGUUUCCAUCUUUUUGGGCAAAUGUGGCGUGUCUCAGUGACAGAGAGCGCGAUUUCUUCGUUCAAUGUGUAGAACACAUUUGUUUCGGCAUUGGCAUGAGUGCUACACCCGCUAUUAAAGACGUUAUGAAUCGUCUGGCAGAUGGCGCGGGUAUUCACAACCUUCAGGGGUUGAGCACCACCGAAAGGGAAUCACAUACAGACAUUCUUUGCGAUGUGGUGCUUAUGCAUGAUGGGAAACCUUGUAUGGGAUGGUUCGCUGAUAAUUAUGGUGACAGGAACUUUAAUAACAUUAUUGAAGUUUUAGAAGAGCGGUGGAACAUCUCCCCGGCAUCAUUAUGGGCGUUAAAGGAGCGAAAUAUCGCAGAACAGAUGAACACCAUGACACACUACAACCGACAGGAAAGUAUCUUUUGCAAUUCUGAUGGGUUGACGGAGGGGAAACUGGCGUCUCUUGUCAAGCGGCACGUCCGCUUCGCCGAUAAAAACAUUUGUAUCGAUGUGAAGAGCAUUUCAGAGAUCCGUUCCUUGUCUCUGUCGCUUUUGGAAGAACCGACGGUGGAGAAGCGUGAGAUCUUACUACAGUGCUUGAGCAAUGUCGUUCCUGAACUAAUAACUAAACCGGGAAAAGUUUCUCCGUGUUCCACCGUUUUAAAGGCGUUCGGGUGCUUUUUAGCGCCAAGCGUACGGAAGUUGGACAUACCUCUGGACUCUGUGUAUGAACUUGGUUCAACCUUGUGUUCUAUCCCAGCGGAUGAUGUGACCACACAUGUUUUUCAGCGGCACAUUCGCCACCUUCUCGACAUCACUGAAGGGAAACAAAUAUGUGCAAGUGGCCCGGAUCAGCAGCACAUGCUGAGAGAUACCCUCAACAACCUCGAAAGUGUGGGUCACGAUUUGGACCAGGUUUUUGUAUGCUUCUCGCAAGCAGUUGCACUUUGCCAGGUUGUGGAGGAUCCAACUGAGAGGGACGAUGCGUUGUGUAGAAUUCUCUUGGCUAUUCCGUUGAUUGAACGAUACAUUACAUCGUACGAAUCUGCGAUCCUGCGGCAACACACAUUUAGCGACAGCUGUUUACCGUCCCAUGUUGAGCCAAACCAUAGCAACCGUGAGGUGUGCCUUUUGGACAGUUUUGCGCUGGAUCGAGUGAUCUGCGCAAGCAACUGCAGAGAGCAGGGAGCUAAUGCCUCCGCUGAUUCCAGUAGUGCAUUUGAUUCAACUAAAGGCAAACCUUUCGAUGGUUGUUGUGGUUUUUGGAUGCCUGGCAUGGGGUUGGACUCGUCUUGUUAUGUGACGGAUCUUCUCUCUGCAUGCACCGAUCUUGCUAACAUGCUCGGCGUGCCCGCAUCACGGUGUGACAUCGUAACUGAAUCACAACGACUUGUGUAUGAUAUCCGUCACAAGCUUCGUGUACACACACUCCGGCGAUUUGCCUUCGUGAAAGCAUCGAAAGUGUGGAAUUCUGCCUUGAGGAAACGAGCCCUGCCAUUUCUUAACGCACUGAGGAGCUCCCUGUAUGAGGCUCCCGCCCUCACAAUACUCCGAUUUAGAGACGGGGAACGCCUCCCAAACACUUUUGGCGCAGCGAGCGAACCGUCGUCAUUGUUGCAGUCGCUCUCUUCGCUGCACGUUUGCUUUGCAUUUUCGACUCCCGCUUUUUACGUGGAAUGCGGAACCAUACAGGAGCUCGAGGCCAUGUGUGUUACGCAGCCUUUAAGUGCCAUGAGGCGACUAAAAUGUUUUUCAUCACCGAGUAGUAGCACAGGGAUUAGCUCCGUGGUUGAAGUGCCUGUCCCUAGCAACCUUGUUGAUUCUCUUCUUGUAUGCGCUAAGGCUCAACUGCAGCUAAAACCGGAACACGGUUUUGUGGAUGUUGCCUUCCAGAGAGACGGGGAUCACGCAACGGUAGUGCCCUCGUGUCUUGAUAAAUUGUUGCGAGGACAAAAGGCGUAA